CGCGAGGUUCGGCGAAGGAGUGAGAGAGAGAGAGAGCGAAAUGCACUGCUAUAUAUGUAUGUCACUGAGGUGGUAUGCUCGGAGAUCCGUUGUGUACUGGAGAGCCGUGUUUAAAUAUUAAUAACGCCGCGGAUGUUUUUGCCGGAAUGACGCGCGAGUGACGGACCCAUGUGUCGCGGACGUUCGGAGGGCAGCUAGACGGCUGCGCGUGGCCGUGCUCGGCACGGCUCGGCUCGGACGACGAGUCGCAAAUAAAGCGAUGUGGACGCGGCCAUGUUUCCCGCUAGCAGAAAUCAUCCUGUCCAUUAAUAAUUCGCGCUAAUCGUGGUGAUCGCAGAUCGUGGAGGCGUGCAGGAUGCCGAAAUGCGACGUGAAGACAAGGUAUCUGCCAGCUACGUUCGCGUGGACGGUCCUACUCGGCGCCACGGCACUCUUCUUCAUCUUCCCGUGUUCGAACUAUUAUGUCUAUCGAUGGGGUUUGUGGGUACCGGCUCUGCAAGGAGUCAUCACCUUCUUCGUGGUGAUAAACUUCUCACUAGCGACGUUUAUGGAUCCCGGUGUUAUACCAAAAGCACCUCCUGACGAAGAACGGGAGGAUGACUUUCGAGCUCCUUUGUAUAAGAGCGUCGAGAUCAAUGGCAUUACUGUACGUAUGAAGUGGUGCGUCACCUGCAAGUUUUAUCGACCUCCACGUUGCUCACAUUGCAGUGUUUGUAAUCAUUGUAUCGAGACAUUUGACCAUCACUGCCCAUGGGUAAACAACUGCAUCGGUAGGAGGAAUUAUAGAUACUUCUUCUUUUUUCUUCUAUCGCUCAGUCUUCAUAUGAUCAGUAUAUUUGGGCUUUGUUUAUAUUAUGUACUGGAACACAAACAGCAGCUGGGUGAAGUUAAUACUAUUAUUGCACUCGUGCUUAUGGGAGUGGUAGUGCUCUUAUUCAUUCCAAUCUUUGGACUGACUGGAUUUCACGUAGUCCUCGUGUCUAGAGGGCGAACCACUAAUGAGCAGGUAACAGGCAAAUUUAAUGGGGGCUACAAUCCUUUUUCACGUGGUUGUCUGCGCAACUGCUGUUACACACAAUUUGGACCACAAUACCCAAGGUAUUGCAAGGAGCCAAGUUUACUUAAGCCUGACAAAUAUUCAGGAAAGCGACGUGGAGCUUGUGCAUCAGAGAUAUCUACUAUAGGCAGUGAGAACCAGGUAAAGACCUACAUGGAUAGCAGCAAUGGUGUUAGAAAUGCCAGUUCAAAUGCUUACAAUAAGUUAUCUCCUGGACGAGAUGGAUCGGAUACGGAUAUGGAACCGACGGCGUCUCAGUCCGCUGAUUGCGAACCUACGCCUCCGUUACAAAGACACGGUUCCAAAAGCAAUUUCUUCCUGCCACCUGUGGAGAACAAUGAAUCUCCCAGGCAUCCUCCGCCAUCACAGCUUCGCCAUCCAAUACAUUAUCCUAGAGGCAGUCCACAUCCGAGGCCAAGAGGGAUGAACGGAUCUCGAAGUCAUACACCCGAUCCAUUAUCACCGGAGACGAGUGGUUCGCCAGCCACAGUUCCCCAACGUGGUCAAGGUCCGGGUGGCGCCAGUCCGACGAUGCAACAACGCAUCAAAGCUAUUGGAGUACCCACUCCACUUGCCAUAUCCAGUCCUAUACGAAGAUCAAACCCAGGUACACCGACACAGGUUCGUCGGCCGGAUUUCAUAGGUGUGAAUGAGGCGCCGACGUAUUAUGACGUACAACAGGGAAACAAUACGCAAGGGAUAAGCGUUACCGGUGCCGUCGUCACCGGUUACAGUCCGCAGCGGCGUUACCUCUCGGAAAGUGAGCUCGUGCGACAAGGAACCGAUCAUCCGUACUCGAGAACCAACAAUACAACGGUCGACAACAUCCGCGAGCUGGCUGGUUCGCCACAGCGCGGUGUUUACAUGUGGAAGGACAAUUCGCCCGGCAGCUAUCCUUCUGCCGUAGGCGGAGGAGUGGUGAGCGGUGCGUCCCAUCAGUCGCCCUCUCAACGACCGCUCCCGCCCUACGACUAUUAUCGCUCGAAUCCCACAAGCCCGACGACUCAGCCGUAUACCACCGCGAACGCACCCAGGGCGGCGUAUCACCCAGCUAUUAGAGGUGGAGUGCCAGUCUUCCCGCCGCAUCAGUCGCCGCAGAUCAAGCGCAAGACAACUACGAUGGCGACACCCACGACACCGACUUCGACGGGAGACGCACGACGCCGACCAAUGUCUUUCGUCAGAGCCCUCGAGAUGACUGACUCGAUGGAGAUGGUCUCGGCGCCUAACGAUCCGAGAUCGUCGCAGAGGCCGACGACACCGACCCCGGACCGGGCGAGCGUAUACGAUAUGAACUACGAAAUAUCCGUAUAGCCCAGCUUUUCCGUCUCCGCGCCAUCUUGCGGCUGGACGGAGAUUAUGAGAGAGCCGCCGAGCAGUCUGCGUAUCUCGCGCUCCAACGAGGAAAGAAUGUACAGUACCGUUUAUGAGAUAUCCGUCUGAAUUCUUCCGUGAUCGACGCAAGUUUAUAGGUCGCGCUUAACGUAAGCGUUGAAUUAUGAACGCUAAACGUGAAGCUGGCUUUUUUUAAUUAUAUAUCGCCGUGGGAUCGCCGUUAUUUUUGGAACUUACCGCAACAAACAGGCUACAUCAGGCAAUUGUACAUCUGGAUAAAUCGCUAUCAGUGAUGUGUGUGUGUGUGUGUGUGUGUGUGUGCACGAAUUAUUUUGCGAUUGACAGUAUAUAUACAUACAUAUAUAUGUAUGUUUGUAUAUAUAUGUGUGUGUAUAUAUAUAUACACAUAGCAUUCACUUUCGGCAAGAAAGUCGGUCCAUCGACAUUUUCGCUAACAAACGGUUCAUUGUGUGAAUUUAUAUGAAGCAGAGUAAAUAUAUACGAUGAAUCUUUGUUUUUCUGAUUCUUCCUUCAGCAUUCGGAAUCUUAUGAUAGUAGCAAACUUGCAUUUUACACAAAAACGUACUAACAUGCAAGUGUUCUGUCGUAUUCCGUAAUCGAUUUAGUUAAUGAAAGAAAAAAAUAGAUUCCAAAUGCAUAGCAGCAAAAUGUGUCCAUUACGUCAAAAAUAAGGUCUGACUGACGAUCCGAAUUAACGAGUCGUGGAGACGUCAACGAAAGUAUAUCCCGAGCGCACAGAGGUCAACCUUUAUUGGAACCAUCACCGAUAAAUCGGCCCUCUCGCUUGACAGAAGCAAUAUUUUUUAGUACACGUUUAAGGUCAGUUUAGAUUUUUAUACAAUGACACUACGACUUUUCACCCUCAUAAAGAAAGCGAUAUUAAUCCAACGUCAUCCUUUUCGUUUUCUUUUUUUUCUGUGUCUGUAUCUUCAUUGCCGAUAAAGUGAAUGAUUUGAUAAGUGGGAGGAGCGUUAGGGAUCACACUUUGUUGAAUCCUAAUUAGCUCUUCAGAUACCAGAGAAGUCCGUCUCCAUUAAACAAGAAAAAAAAAGAUGAAACAACUUAUGUCAUUAUCGGGAUAGAAUAACAAAUUCUGUGUAAAAUAAUCGUGAGAUAUGUAGUAAAUUUUUAAUAUACAUAUUUAACAAUAUUUAUACGCGUAAAUGAUAAAAAGAAUAUAAGACUUUAUAUAAUUUGACCUGUUUGUUAAAUGAUGAUUUUAUGGAUGUGCCCACUAACAUAUUUUAUUUCUAUAUAAAAAAAAAGUUUGUGCAAAGAAGAAUAUGAGCACGUGUAAAAAUAAUGUAUGAAUGAGUGAAUUGCAUUUUCAGAAGAGUGGAAAGUACACACAGUCCUAGUUUCUCUAAUAUAUAAUGUAUACAGGGGUGGCUGUUCAUAUGCGCGUGAACAUAAAAAAUAAAAACUAUUUUAAUUUUGUUAAAAAAAAAAGAAUUGUAAUAUACGCAUUGCAUAAACCAUUGCUACUAUUAAAUUUAUAAUACACACCCCGCUUUUGAAAUUGCAUGGCGGUUUCUCUAUUGUAUAUGUGUAUGAGAAGCCAGUAUUAUAUCGGUUGCAUUAAAUUAAUACAGGUUGUAACGUCAUAUAUUACUUAAAUUUUGCGCACGCACUCGUUUUAAAUGAUAAAUUUGCGUGGACUCGACUUGGUGUUACAUACAGCACAUAUCAUUUCGACACAACGUCAGACAUCGAAUAUUAUAGAUUGAGAAACUUGCAUUUGGCAUAUAAUGACUGUUGAAAAUAUUAUUACGAGGUUUAUAAGCAUUUCUUCCGUAUUUCUGUUGAUAAGCUUAUGUUUAGAAUUCGUUUAACGCGGAAACCCUUUGGAUCCUGUUUUCAUUAAGAUAACAAACUGUGCCAAAAAUUUCCCAUGCUCUUAAAUUAUGUAGCUUUGCUUAAAAAAUAGCAUUUAACGAGACAACGGUACAACGUUAUGAAUUGACUAAGGUAAUAAUGUGUAAGGUACGACGAGUGUUAAAUGUUUAUAAUUCGGUGUACUUGUACAUAAAUAUUGCUCGUUACUUCUCUAUCAUUUAAAUGUACAUACAUAUACCAUUCGGUACUUACGUAUCGCCGCAGCAAUCUACAGAAUAAAAGUCAUGGAACAUAGUAAAUUGUACUGUGUUAUAUCGUGGCAAUAUUUUUUGAUGUUA